GGCAAACCCACUAUAAUGGCGCUUCCGGACUGGACAGUGUAUUUACUUUGUUUUGCCUCAGUAUGUGGAGGUUUUUACAUCUGUCGUGUUUUUAAAUGCGGCAGAAUAAGUGAAUGGAAAAACAGCCCGAUUGCUAAACUGAUGGCUCGCACAGAGAAACCACUGUUUUGGAUAGCGUAUUCUCUUUAUACACGGACCAAACUCGGGUACAUAUUUCAUAAGAGGCAGAUAAGGAAAGCACAGGAGAGGUACCCUGCCGGCCACUCCAGAACUCAACCUACUAUAAUAAACGGCAUCAAGAUCAUACCAGUGCCCAUCUUAUCAGACAAUUACAGCUAUGUGGUCAUUGACACUGCAUCAAAUAUGGCUGUUGUGGUUGAUCCCGCUGACCCUCAGCCUGUUCAGGCCUGUCUAGAGGAAGAGGGGGUGGCAUUACAAGCUGUUCUCUGCACACACAAGCACUGGGACCACAGUGGAGGGAACAGGGCUCUAAAGAGACUCUACAGGUCCUGUCGAGUGUAUGGGAACGCUAUGGACAACAUUCCAGGCCUUACGCACCCCCUUUCAGACAAAGACACAAUAGAUUUUGGAGCUCGGCUGCACUUCAGGGCCUUCUAUACCCCUGGCCACACAGUGGGUCACAUGAUCUACAUGCUUGAUGGCCGAGUUAUAGGUGGCCCCAGCAGCUUGUUUUCAGGGGACCUGGUAUUCCUCUCUGGAUGUGGGAGAAUGUUUGAGGGUAAUGCCUCAACUAUGCUGUCAUCUCUGGAUACAGUGGGAUCGCUGAACGAUGAUACUCUGCUUUGGCCUGGACAUGAGUAUGCUGAAGAUAACCUGCUGUUUGCUGCUGAAGUGGAGCCUUGCAAUGUUGUACGGGAGCAGAAGUUGCAGUGGGUGCUGCAACAGAGGGGUCAGAGACUCUGCACAUGUCCAUCCACCCUAGCGGAGGAGAAGCAAUACAAUCCCUUCCUGCGGAGCCACUCUCAGGAUCUCCAGCGGGCCCUGGGUCUGCAGCAGAAGCAGGACGAGGACUGGACGUUGUAUCGCGCCCGUGUUUUAGAGGAACUGCGUAGACGGAAAGACAUUUAUAAGGACCGAUAAGGCUUUCAUCCACUGGUGUUUGAAAGACGCAACCACUGAAACCAUUCCAAGCUAAACAUGUCCUGCUCCCUAUGUAUUAUUACUGUGCUGGAUUAAAAAAGCACUAAUGUGAAUUUGAACAGUGACUUGAAGGAAAA